AUGCCACUCUUUCAAUGGCCGUCUUCAUCUUCCGUAGCCACUUUAUUCGACACUCAACCCUUCCUCCCUAGAACCCCCAAACGCUAUAUUGGAAUUCCCCCUCAAUACCUCCUCGACGACUACACCCCACGCUAUCAACUCCUCUCCUCCACCGACGCCGCCAAGAAACGCUCCCUCGCCUAUGGGCAUCUCCGCAACUGCAACCUCUGUCCACGGCUUUGCGGUGUCAACCGCUACGAAACAACAGGCAUCUGUCUCAUUGGCGCUGAAACGGUCAAGGUCAACGUCAUAGCGCCGCACCACGGCGAAGAGCCCUGCAUCCAAGGCUUUACGGGCUCUGGCUCCGUUUUCUUCUCCGGAUGCAACCUGCGCUGCGUAUUUUGCCAGAACCAUGACAUUGCACAUCAGCGGAAUGGCUUUGAUCUGACUCCAGACGAGUUGGCGGGAUGGAUGGUCAAGUUGCAGGAUGUCGGGAAUGUGCACAAUAUCAAUUUCGUCACUCCAGAGCAUGUGGUGCCGCAGGUCGCAUUGGCUAUUAUCGCAGCGAAGGAUAUGGGAUUGACUGUGCCUAUAAUAUACAACACCUCGUCGUUCGACUCCCCCGAGUCCCUCAAACUUAUGGAAGGGUUGGUCGAUAUAUAUCUCCCAGAUUUCAAAGUCUGGUCGUCAUCGUCGUCGAAACGGCUGUUGAAGGCGGAUAAUUAUGCAGAUGUCGCGAAGGAAUCGGUUAAAGAGAUGCAUCGCCAAGUGGGGGAUUUGUCCUUUACGUCAGAUGGGAUUGCUAAGAAAGGUGUCUUGCUUAGACAUCUUGUCAUGCCAGGGAAAGAAGAGGAAGGGAAGCAAAUUAUGAAGUGGCUGGCGGAUAAUGUGUCCAGGGAUUUGUAUGUUCAUAUCAUGGAGCAGUACCAUCCAGAUGCACAUGUGGGCAAGAAGAAAAGGAGGGCGGCGAAGAAAAUCGUCGAGCCUGGCGGAGAAGAGAGUGCUGUUGCCGAAGAAGAGGUCCGGUAUGCUGAGAUCAACAGAGCAGUUACAGACAUAGAAUUAGAGAGUGUCAAGCAGGCAGCUGAAAAGGCUGGCUUGUGGAGGUUCUGCGAGGUAUCCGACAAACCAGGCUUUCAUUUAUGA